CUAAUAGCGUCCUUAUUGGAGUUUCAGAGCGGAAUUUGUUCGAAUUUAAAGGUCCGGCUACGAAUUACGAGACUGUUAUGUGAAGUUGCGUGUAUAAGGAAGUCUCUGAGCGAUAAACAACAAAGUCAGAAAUGGAUCCUGCGUCAGUGAUAGCUCUUUGCAAAGAGAAUAUCCAGCCGUUAAGGUAUGGGCGGAAUGCCACGCAAUUGGGAACUGCAUUGAGAGCACAGGAAGAUGCAGAUGCGCAGCAGUUGCUCUUACAAGAAAAACAAAUGUAUGAAGAUGCAAUUAAAAAUUAUGAAGGAGAAGAUCCUUUGGAGAACUGGUACGAGUAUAUUCUUUGGGUGGAACAGAGCUAUCCAAAGAGUGGACAUGAAUCUCAUAUUGGAAAACUCUUGCAACAGUGUUUGGCCAUAUUUGAGAAGGAAACAAAAUAUCAUCAAGAUCGCAGAUAUAUACGUUUGUGGAUUAAUUAUAUAAGUAUGCAAAAAAAUCCUUUGGAGUUGUACCAAUUAUUACAAAACAAUGGUAUCGGAACUACAGUGGCAGACAUGUACAGAGCCUGGGCUUUUGAGUUGGAGCAAAUUGAGGACUAUAAACGUGCGGAUGAAGUUUACUUAAUAGGAUUAUCUGUUCGUGCAGAGCCCUAUGAGGAAUUGAAUCAUGCUCAUCAAAACUUUCAAUUGGCUGUGGCACGCAAAACACUUGGACGUAUUGAGGAAAGAAACGAUGUUUCAUUGUUUGAACAACGACAAGCUUUUAGUUCAUUAAGGGCGAUAAGAAGUGGCAAAAGAGUCGGUAGCGUACGAACAGGUCAUCGUGUGCGCGAAUAUUAUCCUGGUACUGUGCCUCAAGUCUCAGCUUCUAUGCAAAUUACAAAGCCCAAUUCUAAAAUACAAAUAUAUCAAGAUGAUAUGGCUGGAGAGAUGAAAGGUUCUAGUAUAUUAGAUCACGUGCCUAUAGAGGAUACAGUACAUAAAGAAAAUACUAUCAAGCCUGGACCAUGGAAUAACGCACACAAAAGAGGUCCAUUAAUAGCUUCUACUAUAAAGGCAGGCUUCAAAGUUCACGAAGACCAGGAUGAUGGCAGUGACAUGGAGAAAAUUAAAUUGUUUCCAAAUCAUGUGUCUUUCUGUGACGGUAGCAGAUGUCAUGAUUCUUUGAGGAUACCAGUAUAUGUAGCGGAUCCAAUAAACUCUAAUAUUGUACAGAAACCACAUUAUCCCAAAGAGCUAGUUUAUGCUGAAAAUGCCGAUCUUAGUAUGGAGGAAAUGAAAGCACAACUUUAUUUGAAGAGGAGAACGCAACUUCUCGAAGAUAAGCAUGAAAUGUCGAUGGUUUGCUUACGCGAAACCGACAGAGAAUCACAAUCACAGCUCAGCAGUUACGAAAACAUGUAUCAUUUACAAGAAAUAGAAGAGCAGAAAAUGGAUCAGCAAAGAAGAGUGGAGAUUAGUAGACAGAGACUCGAGGCUGAACAGCAACUACAGAGGCACCAGUACAAGGCCGAUCAAAUUUUGGAGACCCAACGACAGGAAAUUGAACAAAGAGAACUGGAAAGAUUAGAGGUAGAGAGAAUAGAGGCUAAGAGAAUCGAAGCUGAGAGACUCGAGGCUGAGAGACUCCAAGCCGAAAGGCUUGAGGCCGAAAGGCUGCAGGCCGAAAGACUCGAGGCUGAGAGACUCGAGGCCGAAAGACUUCAGGCUGAGAGACUCCAAGCUGAAAGACUCCAGGCGGAAAGACUUCAGGCGGAAAGACUCCAGGCGGAAAGACUGCAGGCGGAAAGACUCCAGGCGGAAAGACUCCAGGCGGAAAGACUCCAGGCGGAAAGACUCCAGGCGGAGAGACUCGAGGCGGAGAGACUCGAGGCUGAGAGACUCGAAGGCGAAAGACUCCAGGCCGAGAGACUUCAGGCCGAAAGACUCCAGGCGGAGAGAUUUGAAGCGCAACGAAUAGAAGCAGAAUUGAAUACGCAACGAAAAUUACAGUCGUCAAGUUUUAUGCACCAGCAUCACACUUCGCCUUUGGCUAAUACUGAGGAACAUUUACUAGGACAGAGUCUUACCGUAAAUACGAAAGAAGCUAUUUCGGUUGUACAAGGUUUGUGGCAAUCUCCCGAUACAACUUCGCGCUUUCGCAGUCCUCCGGUACCACCCAGAAUGAUGGAUGCGAGAAAUAAGUUAUCGUUUGAUAUACACAUGGACAGCUCUAUGACUCAACAUGCGAUGUCUAGCAAUAAGCAUCAUCAAGGGUACAACGUGCAGAUGUAUAACGAUCAAGAAAAUCAUCACAGUUAUCAUGCACCGCAUCAUGGUUAUAUGGACCGUUCCGGUCAGGAACAGCACACAUACGGAAAUCACGAUUUACAAAACAGUUAUCACUAUCAGAUGCAGCAACAUCAUGAUCACCAAGUGCAGCAGGCACAUCCUCGACAGCAUCCCCAACAUCAUCAACAGUUGAUACCAUCCCAUCAGCAAAUGCAUACUCCGCAUCAUCAAACUCUUCCUCAUCCGCAGCAUUUACAAUCGCCUCACAGUCAAAUGCCACAUCAUCAGCCGCAUCAUCAGCCGCAACAUCAGCCGCAACAUCAGCCGCAACAUCAGCCGCAACAUCAGUCGCAACAUCAGCCGCAACAUCAGCCGCAACAUCAACCGCAACAUCAAUCGCAACAUCAGCCGCUUCAUCAACCGCAUCAUCAGCCGCAUCAUCAACCGCAACAUCAGCCACAACAUCAGCCACAUCAUCAACCUCAUCACCAGCCGCACCAUCAACAUGUUCAUCAUCAAUCUCCGCACAAUCAACAUAUUUUGCACUCUCAGCCGCAUAUGCAUCAACAUAUGCAACAUAUGCAACAUUCUGUUUACGGCAACAUAUUACCCAACGAGAUUGGAUAUCAACAGUACCCGUCAAUGGAAGCUCCUAUGUUACAACAGAAUGUAGAAUCGCAAAAGCAAUUACACUUCUCACCGUACAACGACUCUGACAUUGAAACGAGUAAACCGUACAGAAUGCCGCCCGAGCUACCGUACAUCAAGUCACCUGGAAUGAAUCGUAAAGACAUGAAAUAUCUCGAAAGCGCAGAAGACAAAGAGAACGCUAUCGUUGUAGAUUAUAACGGUCCGCUUGAAGAAAAUAUGGUACCCAAACCGGACGAAAAUAAUUUAUAUAUUGAUGAAAGUUUGGGCAUAACUCCUCUCUCGACCGCUAACGAGACAUGUUUCACAGAAGUCUUUAGCAUGCAGUUACCAAGUUCCACGCCGAUGACUAAUCAUUUCAAAUCGUACAGACUGAAAGAUGAUCCGCAAUUUUCGAACCAUCAAGAUAUUGCGGCUCAACCAGUUGCAGAAGCACCGAAUGCCGAAGGCGAUAAAUUAAGUGUAAUAUUAGAAACUACACGAGAAUAUAUCUCAAGCAGUUCAGGCAGCAGUAGUAAUUAUACCAGAACUACCGCAUUGACUUUUGGUUUAACAAGAGAAGAUAUGGCUCCUAUUAAAGAACGAUCUGUGGAUACAAUUAUAGAAGAGGAAUCAAACGAAUCCAUGUUGUCUGUAAAUCAACCUUAUGAACAAAAGCUACAUGCACAAAUCCAGCCUGUGCAUGCUCAAAGUCCGCGUACAGUACAACGAAAUGUCGACCAAAUAAUAUCUGAGAUUAAGAAUAAUUGCGAUCUGAGGAAGUCUAUAAGUUUAAAUCUUAAUAAUGAGGAAGAUAAUUCAGCAAAGGUCGACACUAUGGAUUGCGAGGAGCAAUAUAAUGAACUUAUGGAACAAGAAGAGGAGGAGUGUUUCGAGCUUCCUUCCAAAGAUAUAAAUCCAUUUGACAAGAACUUAAUAACUGGCCUAUUGAAGAAAAUAAAAUUUCCACAAUCCCAUCAUGCAGAUGGAUAUAAAAGAAUAGAUACCAAUCUAAAUAAGUUUGUGCCUUCUACAAUUACGCUCGGCACCGACGCGUACGAUUUGGAAAAGUGCCUUGGAAAAGGAAUGUAUGGAACAGUUUUUAAAGCAGUCAAUCUGCAGACGCACGAGACUGUUGCUCUCAAAACGCAAAGACCCGCAUGCAUUUGGGAGUAUUAUAUUGUACGAGAGAUAAAAACGCGUCUUACGAAUCCACAUAUGUUACGUGGUUUCAUGGAUGUAACGAUGGCAUACGUAGCCAACAAUGGAAGUGUGCUAGUUUCUGAAUAUUCCAAGUUCGGAACAUUAUUAGCGGUAACGAAUCAGAUAAAAAUUGCCACUGGCAAGCCUCUGGUGGAGACUCUAGCUAUUUUCUUCACAAUCGAGAUGAUUCAAAUUGUCGAGCAUUUGCAUAAAUGCCAAAUAAUACAUGGAGAUAUAAAGCCGGAUAAUUUUUUAUUAAUGCGACUACCUACGCAAGAUGUAAGGCCAACUAUACAGUUGAUAGACUUUGGAUGUAGCAUAGAUAUGAAACUAUUGCCAGAAAAUACAACGUUCACGAAAGUUAUUAAGACGGAAGACUUCACUUGUAUCGAGAUGCAAACUGGAAGGCCAUGGACAUACCAAACCGAUCUGUACUGUCUAGCGGCGACCAGUCAUUGCCUAUUGUUUGGCAAUUAUAUGAGGGUAUCCAACAUAGGCGGCCGUUGGUUUAUUACUUCGAAAUUACCAAGGUACGCUAAAAGGGCUGCUUGGGAACAAUUUUUUACAGAGCUAUUAAAUGUCGAAUCAUGCGAUAAAAUGCCCGAUCUGAUGAAGUUGAGGAAUAUGAUGGAAGAAACGUUGGCGCAAAUGCCAGAAGUGCAAGCAAAAUUUCGAUCUUUCGAUAACAUUCUCAACAAACGAUAACGCUUACUAUAUCUAACGACACGUCCGAAUGCGUGCAUAUAUAUAGUAAAGAACCAAUGUGUAAUACAACAAAUAUUAAUGUUAUCGUACUAUUUAUUAUAAAAAGUUAAUACUUCAGUGAUAAAUAUAUGUAUCUACACAGACAAACACACAUACACACACACGCGCACACACACAUAUAUGAAAUGCACUUUAUGGCCUGCUUUGUGGAGGCUUUACCGAUAUUCGUUGCUUGCACAUAAUCAAUCAUUAUUAGGAGCACUGUGCGACGAAUUGGACCUUUCAAGAAAACUGUUCUUCAUCAGAAACGUACGCGAUAUGCAAAGAUUUAUAUCGUAGAAAUUUUGGAAAUGUAUCUUGUUAAAUCUCUUACGACAUGUAUAAGAUGUAUACAUGACUCGCUCUGUAAGUUAUGAAAAGAAAUGAGGUUGUACAAAUGAUUUAAAAAAGUUUUACAAAAAUUCCAAUAUCUUGUAAAAAUGAAUAGUACAAUGUACAUGUGAUACACAGUAUGAAUUAUCCAGUUUGCAGAAGCACAUGCAUACUGAAAUACUUGAGUACCUUGUAUAAAUAAUUAGUGUAUAUGUAAUCUGUGUAUAUUUGUAUCGAGUGAGUUCAAAGUUUGGAUGGGUCUUACCGGAAAGGAAAGCUGACAGAGGACUCGUCACAACUUUUGCACUUGCCCAAUAAUAGAUUUCUCAGAAAUUUCAACGGGUUCGUUUCGUUUGCAAAUAUUUCAACAUGUAUCAAAAUAUAUCGUAUCAGUAAUAUUAACUGAUUAUUUUAAACAUCUUUUAUUGAUUUUUAGUGAUUAUUCUAAACACCAGAUUCACUUUUAUUACAUAAAGUAAUGAAAUUAUUUUGUUCAAAAUGGCCGUAAAUGUCGCAGGAAUGCAAUAAUUACAAUGUCAUAUUAUCUGAAAAACAAUACCUUUUAUUUUGAAUAUGUGCAGGCUUGUGUGUUUUCGAGUGUCCACUAAACAGGCUAUGUAGUAUACUUUACAAGCCUAAAGAUUAGACUAAAUAUAUGUAUAAGUAUCAUACAAUCGAUGGAAAUUUCGAAUUUGCGUUCCGAUCAUAGAUUUUACAAAAAAAAUGUCCAAGAACUUUGGGUUGUCUAAAACACACAUAAAUAUUAAUAUAAAUUAUGUAUACACCCCUUCCCCCGCUCUCCUCUUUACUAUGGAACAUUCGUAAAUCAUAACAGACAACCUAUUGUUCUUGCUUAAGAAUUUAUGAGAAUAUGCCUUAUCUUACUUUAACGACGCAACAUUAAAAGAUAACGUUCAGAUGUAAGAAUCCGUACAAAGCUUUAAGAUUAAAACCAGUUGAGAUAUUGUAAAAUACAUUUAUUAAAAUCAA